AUGUCAGAAGCGGACAGUAAAAAUUUUGCGGACAUUCAAAAUCGAUUAAGACGAGCCCAAGCCGAAAAGUUAGAAGCCCAAAGAAAAGAAAAAGUUGCCCAAGAUUGGAUCGAUAAGUUCGCUGGCAUGGAUUUACAAGGGUUAAAAAAGGCUUUUAAGGAUAUUUAUAAGACCGGACCAUCUGCCAGCAAUAAAUACUCUCCUGAAGACAUAGAGACCAUGUUUUCUCUGCUUGUUGAUAUCAAAAAUAAGGAAGUAACAAAACAAUUAGAUAGUGAAUUUGCAGGAUUGGGAGGUACGAUAGAAGAGAAAAUAGCCAAACGAAAUUUUGCCACUGAUGAGGUAAAAGAUCGGGAAUUAAGAAGAAUUAAAGCGGCUUUUGAAGGAAUAGAAAAUUUACGAAAAUUAGGUGCUCUCGAAGAGGAGGAUUUUAAAAGUAUUAAAGAAGUUUUGGAUGGUACAAGACGAAUUCCUGAUAAAGAAAAGUCUUCCGAUCUAAACCCAACGAAUUUAACCAAUUUAUUUGGUUUCACUGUUGACCAAACAUUAGCGAACACUUGA